UUUGCCAUUGUUGUCAUUAACGUUAAGUACUGUUUGUAUCUAAUUCAUAUUACUUAUUAAAAAUUUAAUAUUAUGUGUAUAAUACUUAUAUAAAGGACUAAUAUAAUAAACAGUUCGGAUAUCAAUAUGAGUUCGCACAGGAAAAAGAAAGAUACUGAAUCUUCUAGUGCUAGUGACUCUUCCAAGUAUUCCUCAUCUUCUGAAGAAUCAACUAAGAAAUACAAGAGUAAAAAACAUAAGCACCACUCAGAUAGUGAUGAUAGUGAUAGUGACCACAUAUCUAAGAAGAGGUAUCAAGAUUCUUCAGAUGAUUCAGAUGCUCAUAAAACAAGUUCUAAAAAAUCCACAAAUAAGACAAGGAGAGAAGGAGACUCUAACUUAAGGAAAGAAGAAUCUAGUAGUAAACAGAACUGGGACAAAAAAGAGUCUCAUUCAAAGGAUAAAUAUGAAAGGAAGGUAUAUGAUAGCAAGGAAAAACAAAAUCAGAAUCGAAGGGAUGCUAGGGAUUAUAACAGAGAUAAAUAUGAUAGUAAAAGUUAUAAUAGAGAUAGAUAUGAUGAUAGAGAUAAAUACGAUGAUAGAGAUAAAUACGAUGAUAGAGAUAGAUACGAUGAUAGAGACAAGUCUCGUUAUAAAGAUAGGUAUGAUCACAAAGGUACGCAGGGCUCUAGGAGUCGAAGUGAGGAACGAGAAAAGAGUAAGCAAUUUGACAAUAGAAGAGAUCAAGGAAAUGACAGGAACAAAAGGAGAGAAGGUUUUAGACGCAGACGAAGUAGCUCUUUUGACCAUGCCAAUGCCAGAUGGGGCAAACCCGAAGAUGACUCCAAACAGAAAAAAGAACCCCAACAGAAAGACAAGCCGAACUUCGGCUUAUCUGGAAAACUUACAGAAGAAACUAAUACCUAUAAAGGCGUAGUGAUUAAAUACAGUGAACCACCAGAGGCAAGGAAGCCAAGGAGAAGAUGGCGGUUAUAUCCUUUUAAGGGGGAAAAAGCAUUACAAGUGUUGUACAUUCAUAGAGAGAGUGCAUAUCUUAUUGGCAGAGAAAGAAAAGUUGUGGAUUUACCCGUUGAUCAUCCAUCGUGUUCCAAGCAGCAUGCAGCUCUUCAGUAUCGAUUAGUGCCUUUCACUAGGGAAAAUGGAAGUUCAGGAAAGAGAGUAAGACCCUAUUUAAUUGAUCUAGAAUCAGCCAAUGGAACUUUCAUAAAUAAUAAAAAAAUGGACCCAAAAAAAUACUACGAACUUUUCGAAAAAGAUGUCAUAAAAUUUGGCUUCAGUUCAAGAGAAUACGUUCUUCUACAUGAAAAUAGUAAAGAAGAUGCACUAGAUGAUGACGUAAAAAUGGAAGAGGAAGAUCAGAAAGAUGUGAAGGUUAAAAAAGAAGUUAAGACAGAACCUUAAAAUAUUUAUUUGUAAUUACUGGUUAGUAUAUAGUAAAUGUUUUUAACAUA